AUGCAUACAGUAGUGAAGGAGAUUGAGGCCGUAUUGAACACAAGACCUUUGACUGUAGUGGGUUCCGACCCAGAGGGAGUACUGCGUCCAGCUGAUUUUCUAUCUCUAGGUCAGUGUCUAGAAAUAAACCCAGAUUUUGGUGAGGGAACUUCACAGGGCACCAAUACCAAAGUCGACUUGGUUGAAGGCUGGAAAAGGGGUCAGAGGAUUCUUAACGAAUAUAAAGAGAUGUUCACCAAUCAAUAUCUACCAAGUCUGCGGGACAGAUUCAGUCACUCUCAUAAACAACCGCGAGUGAUAUCAAAGAAGUCUCCAGAAGUCGGUGACAUUGUACAGAUUAAAAAUGAUUCCAAAAAUAGAAUCAAUUGGAAGGUUGGCAAAAUCGUAAGUUUAAUCCGAAGCCGUGAUGGUGAAUGCCGAGCAGCCAAAGUGGUAGUUGGGAAUACAGAGUUUACGAGAUCCAUAGCCCAUCUGUAUCCGUUAGAGUCUGAUAUGUACGGCCCAACGGAUUAUGCACUACCACCAUCACAAGACAACGAGAUGGUAGAGACAUCAACUGUACCUAUGGAGAUGGUUAAAACUAUGGAACCUAUAAGGGCAUCAGAAACGAUAGUGUCACCCAAGCCUGAGACAGAAAUUGAUGAGUCAACAAUUCCUACUGAACCGGCAACCGAGAAAGAAAUUUCUGUGUUAGAUUCUGAUGGUAGUCCUACGCAUACUGAGCAAGCUCCCGCUGUUGAUACAUACGAGGCAGAAGUGAGGGAGCCAAGUGUUACGGAAGAACGGCCAGAGGAAGUGACAAGAGUAAGACGGAACGCUGCCAUUUGGGCUAGAGAACGAAUAGCCGAAUGGACGCGUCAGCUGAUGACGCUACUUGUAUAA